UAAAGGCAGUGAAGUUAGAGAUAGCGUGGAUAUAAUUAAGAAGGCGCCUCUCUCCAGUCCUUGCUGUGGGCAGACAGUUGUCAGUUAGGCAGACGUUCGAUGGUAGUCGAUCCUAAAGGCAGUGAAGUUAGAGAUAGCGUGGAUAUAAUUAAGAAGGCGCCUCUCUCCAGUCCUUGCUGUGGGCAGACAGUUGUCAGUUAGGCAGACGUGCAAUGGUAGUCGAUCCUAAAGGCAGUGAAGUUAGAGAUAGCGUGGAUAUAAUUAAGAAGGCGCCUCUCUCCAGUCCUUGCUGUGGGCAGACAGUUGUCGGUUAGGCGAGGUCCGGGUAGCAUCUGCAAUAGAGACUGGAGUGAUGAUGCGUUAUCUGGCAGGUGGCAGGACAGUCUGCCUACUGGUAGGACUGCUGCUGUGUGUUCAACACAGUGAGGGUUGGAGCUGGCAUUGUGAGAACAAUCUGUGUAUACGUAACGAGGUUGAUGAGCCCAACAGUACCGAACGUAUCUCGCUGCCUGUGUGUCGUCUCACGUGUGGUCAAUAUGGGGCGAUCUGGCCGCAGCCCACUGGAGUUACAGCAAUCAGGUGGGCUAAACAUUAUUACACUAGGGAGCAGCAGAGAAGACCAUUGUGGCCGGCCAAUAGUGGCGCGGCGUGUCGUCGCUGUUGCCAUAUCGCCUCACUCCCGUCAAACACGUCUCACAACAGAGUGGACGUGCACAUACAAGCGGAGACCGUGUACGGAGCUAGACAUGGUUUGGAGACUCUCACACAGCUGACGGCUGCCACAGACACGGAUGACCUUUACGGCUAUCAGCUGGUCAUAGUCACCACAGCCAAGGUUAGUGACAAGCCUAAACACCCCCACCGCGGCCUGCUGUUGGAUUCCGCCAGGAACUACUUGCCUCUCAGGACAAUACUAAGGACUAUAGACGCCAUGGCAUCCUGCAAACUGAAUGUCUUCCACUGGCAUAUUACAGACAGCCAUAGUUUUCCUAUCUACAUACCCACACUUUCUAUGCUGGCCAAGUACGGAGCCUACUCGGAAGCAGAGGUGUACACGAUGGAGGACAUCAAGGCGGUGGUGGACUACGCGAGGGUGCGGGGGGUGAGGAUGAUCAUGGAAUUGGACAUGCCUGCUCACGCAGGAAACGGCUGGCAGUGGGCUCCGGCCGCAGCCCAAGGGAAUAUAACCGUCUGUGUCAACAAAGAGCCCUGGAAUCAGUACUGCCUACAACCCCCUUGCGGACAGCUCAACCCUGCCAACCGCUACCUGUACGGCGUACUGGGCAAGUUGUUCCAGGAGCUGCUGGAAGUACUACCGCCGGGUGAGGCUAUCCACAUGGGCGGAGAUGAGGUGUACUUCCCCUGCUGGAACCAGACACAAGAAAUAACGGACUGGAUGUUGUCCCGGGGACUGGACCUAUCAGAGUCUUCGUUCCUCCAGAUCUGGGGGGAGUUCCACAAGAAGGUGUUGGACCAGUGGGACUUGGAAAUCGGCCAUAAGAAGACCCCCGUCCUGCUGUGGACCAGUCAUCUGACCAACAUCAAUAUAAUAGAGCGUUAUCUCGACAAGGACAGGUUUGUGAUAGAGUCAUGGACUGACUCCAUGGACCCUCUCCCUACCCAACUGAUGGACAAGGGGUACCGAGUGAUCAUGGCCACGAGAGACGCCUGGUACCUGGACCACGGGUUCUGGGGCCGCACCCAGUACCACAGCUGGAGGCGAGCUUACGACAACCGUCUGCCGCAGGGCCGUAACAUGCUGGGGGGCGAGGUGGCCAUGUGGGGGGAGUUGGUGGACGACCACAAUUUGGACGCUAAGGUCUGGCCGAGAGCGACUGCUGCUGCCGAGCGUCUCUGGUCUGACCCCACCACCACCAACAGGUUGGCGGAGGAUCGGUUGGUGGAGCAGCGGGACAGGUUGGUGAAACGGGGGCUCCAACCUGAGGCUAUCCAACCCCGGUGGUGUGCUCAGAACCAGGGUGGAUGUUACGGUUCCGCCAACAACUCAUGACACCUCUCACUUAGCGUAGAUCCUUGCCCACAGACAGUUCGAGCUGACUGUGAUAUGUCCUGAGUGAAUUGCAUAGUUGUGGGGACACAUGAAACUACCAUAUUGUAGCGCUGUACGUUCGAUGAUGUAAACAUAAAUUUGACACCAUCCAUGAUGAGUUGUAAGUUGUAUAGGCUGUGAUAUAAUAGUAAAAUAUUUAAAAACUUUUUAGUUUGAAAUUUGUUGCUGUUUUCUUUGUUUUUACUGAAUGAAAAUAAAUUACUAUUUACGAA